AUCAGCCGCUACACGAGGACACGCGGCGCCGGGGUGGAAGCUGUCACGUUAAGUCCACUAUAUAUAACCUCCUCACACCGCCCCCCCGUGCCUGUGCCUGUGUCCCCCGUGCCCCCCGUGCCCCCGUGUCCCCUGGGUGUGAGGGUGAGGCAGUGUGACGCUCCGAGGCCGCCGGAGGAUGCCCCUUACUGACACCGAGACAGGAGCUUUAGACCAACACUUUCUGACCUUCAGCUACGUCAGCGGCUACAUAGCGAGUCAGAGCGACGCAGCACUCUACAGACUCUUUGAGGGUGCCCCACCCCCGCACCAGCUGUGCCACCUCCACCGCUGGUACACACACAUACACAGCUUUGGCCCAGAGCGCUCCAAGCUUCCGGGCACCUGUACAGACAAUCUUACCUUCCAAGUUAAUGACAAGAAGAUAACCAUCAUGGUGAAUAACAGUGUAGAGACAGAGGGGCAGGGCGAGGCUGGGCAACCGGAACAGCCACCGCCGCCGCCACCAGAAGAGGACAUUGUCACCCCACACACCGUCUUGGCCUCCAGCAACAAGGGGAUCGACUAUGACAAGCUGGUCGACAGGUUUGGGUCGUCACGCAUCGACCAGCCACUCCUGGAGAGAUUUGAGAAACUCACCGGCCAGAAGCCUCACCGCUUCCUCCGCCGAAACAUAUUCUUCUCACACCGGGACAUGCACAGGAUACUGGAUGCUGUGGAGAAAGGCAAGAAGUUUUACCUGUACACUGGGCGGGGACCUUCUUCCAGCGCCAUGCACGUGGGCCACCUCAUCCCCUUCAUCAUGACCAAGUGGCUGCAGGACGUGUUUGAUGUGCCUUUGGUGAUCCAGCUGACAGACGACGAGAAGUACCUGUGGCAGAAGGAUGCGACCAAGAAGGACAACUCCCUGGAGCACUACCACAGCCUGGCCAUCGAGAACGCCAAGGACAUCGUCGCCCUCGGGUUUGACGUCAACAAGACCUUCAUCUUCAGCGACCUGGACUUUGUUGGAGGAGACUUUUAUACAAAUGUUCUGAAGGUGCAGAAGCAUGUCACCUUCAACCAAGUGAAGGGAAUCUUUGGGUUUGAUGAGUCCAGCAGUAUUGGAAUGAUCAUGUUCCCUGCCAUCCAGGCCGCCCCAAGCUUCUCCUCCAGCUUCCCCCUCAUCUUUGGGGGUAAGAAGGAUGUGCCCUGCCUCAUCCCCUGUGCUAUUGACCAGGAUCCCUAUUUCCGCAUGACCCGUGAUGUGGCUCCAAGAAUCGGGUUGCAAAAGCCAGCCCUUCUGCACUCCACCUUCUUCCCUGCCCUCCAUGGAGCCAGCAGUAAAAUGAGUGCCUCAGACAUGACCUCCUCCAUAUACCUCACUGAUACAGCCAACCAGAUCAAGAAAAAGAUCAACAAGUAUGCCUUCUCUGGAGGCAAGGACACUGUAGAGGAGCAUCGGGAGAAAGGCGGAGACUGUGAGGUGGACGUCUCCUACAUGUACCUCACUUUCUUCAUGGAGGAUGACGACAAGCUGGAGGAGAUCCGACAGCAGUAUUCCUCAGGCCAGAUGCUCACAGGAGAACUGAAGGCUGAGCUGAUUAAGGUUUUGCAGAAAAUCAUGGCCGAGUUCCAGGAGAAGAGGAAGCAGGUCACCGAUGAAACUGUCAAACAAUUCAUGGCACCUCGCAAACUCAACUUUUAAUACAAGAACUUUUAAAUUGAUCUUGGCAUAUCACACUCCCAGGUACUAUCCGAGAUGGCUGUCGUUGGACUAAUCUAACUGAGCAAUGUUUACCCCCAAAGAUUUUGAAGGAUGCUGUGUAGCUCAUUUUCUGCAUAGUCUAUGAAUGCCAACUUCAGCUAUAUGAGCAUGUGGAGCACACCCAGAAGUCAACCCUACUCGUCAGGUUGUUUCUGUACGAGACAGUCCCAAGUGGAGGCCACAGUUUGUGACUUCAGUGAAACCUGCCCUUAGGUACUUGGAGGACCCGGGUUGGGGUCGGCACAGUAGGGUGAGCUUGGAGAAGCCACCCCAACCCUGGUCUGAUUGUUUGAUGGUGUAAAUUUUGCAUAUUAUAGAUAAAACAAAUGA